AUGGAGGUUGCCAUGGUGAGCGCGGAAAGCUCCGGCUGCAGCAACCACCUGCCCUACGGGUACGCGCAAGCUCGCGCCCGAGAGCGGGAACGCCUGGCACACUCCCGCGCUCAGCAACAGCAGCAGCAGCAACAGCAGCAGCAAGCCGAAGGCGGGAACGCGGGGGGCGUGGCUUGUCAAUCCGCUGGGCGCGCCCCCGCCUCCAAUAUCAACAGUAGUAAUAGUAGUGGCGGCGGCGGCGGCGGGAACGCGAAGCGCGCCCCCCAGCCCGAGCAACAAGCAGCGGCAUCUCAGAGGAGGAAGAAAGGAGGAAACCGGCGCAAGUACUGGCCUCUGGGCGGCUGCCACAGGUGGAGGAGCCGGCACUACCAAGCGGGCAACGAAUGCGGCAGCGGAGGCGCCGGCGGAGGAGGAGAAGAAGACGGAGGCACCUUCCCCUCGGAGCUGGCUCCUUGCGGCUCUGAGGAGAUGAUGCUGAGGGAAGAAGAAGAAGAAGAGGAGGAGGAGGAUGAAGAGCAGAAGUUUUACUUAUGUGGCGGCGGCGGAGAGGAGAGCAGCCGGGACCGGAGCCCCGGUUACCACCCGGUGUACAGCGAGUUCGAGUGCUGCGAGCGGGUCGUCAUUAACGUGUCCGGGCUGCGCUUCGAAACGCAGCUCAAGACGCUGUCGCAGUUCCCGGAGACGCUGCUCGGCGACGCCGAAAAGAGGAUGCGUUACUUCGACCCGCUCCGAAAUGAGUACUUUUUCGAUCGAAACCGACCCAGUUUUGACGCCAUCCUCUACUACUACCAGUCGGGGGGGCGGCUGAAGAGACCGGUCAACGUCCCCUUCGACAUCUUCUCGGAGGAGGUGAAGUUCUACGAGCUGGGGGAGGAAGCGCUGCUCAAGUACCGGGAGGACGAAGGCUUCGUCAAGGAGGAGGAGAAGCGGCUGCCGGAGAACGAAUUCAAGAGGCAGGUGUGGCUGCUGUUCGAGUACCCGGAGAGCUCCGGGCCGGCCCGGGGGAUCGCCAUCGUCUCCGUGCUGGUCAUCCUCAUCUCCAUCGUCAUCUUCUGCCUGGAGACCUUACCUGAGUUCAGGGACGACAAGGACAGCCUGCUGGGCUCCAGGGGGAGUUCGGAUGAGUUCGGGGCGGCUGACAAUGGCACCCUGUGGGCACCGGAGAGCGGGCACACCGCCUUCAAUGACCCCUUCUUCAUCGUGGAGACUGUGUGCAUCGUGUGGUUCUCCUUUGAGUUUGCAGUGAGGCUCUUCGCCUGUCCCAGUAAACCUGGCUUCUUCAGGAACAUCAUGAACGUCAUAGACAUUGUGUCCAUCCUGCCUUACUUCAUCACCCUGGGCACUGAGCUUGGCCAUCAGCCCCAGCAUCAGCAGCAGCACCCCCCCCUGCAGGGCACUGGGCAGCAACAGCAGGCCAUGUCCUUUGCCAUCCUGAGAAUAAUCCGCCUGGUCAGGGUCUUCCGAAUCUUCAAGCUGUCCAGGCACUCCAAGGGUCUGCAGAUCUUGGGGCACACCCUGAGGGCCAGCAUGAGAGAACUUGGGCUUCUCAUCUUCUUCCUCUUCAUCGGGGUCAUCCUCUUCUCCAGCGCCGUCUACUUCGCCGAGGCCGACGAGCCCACCACGCACUUCCAUAGCAUCCCGGAUGCCUUCUGGUGGGCGGUGGUCACCAUGACCACGGUCGGUUACGGAGAUAUGAAACCCAUCACGGUGGGGGGCAAGAUAGUUGGCUCCCUGUGUGCCAUCGCCGGGGUGUUGACCAUCGCCUUACCCGUGCCAGUCAUCGUCUCCAAUUUUAACUAUUUCUACCACAGGGAGACGGAUAACGAGGAGCAGACGCCCUUGGCGGCCAGCAGCUCCAGCUGCCCGUACUUGCCCACCAUCUUGCUGAAGAAGUUGAGGAGCUCGUCCUCUUCCUCUCUCCAGGACAAGUCAGAGUAUCUGGAGAUGGAAGAAGGGCUCAAGGAGUCUGUGUGCGUCAGGGACAAGUCCACCCAGGGCAAUGGCAAUGAGACCAUUAAGUAUAACUGUGUGAAUUCAAAGACGCUGGAGACCGAUGUGUGAAAUUUUAUUUUAUUAUUAUAAUUUUUAUUUUUUAUUUUUAACUUUCUAUUUAGGCAUUGAAGAGUGCGGUGAUUAUUAUAAAAAAAAAAAAAUGAAAAUAUGCAAAUCUGAUCAGAAAAGUACAAAAAACAAAAACUUACUGGGGGUUUCUGAUCAGAUAGGAAAUAUUAAGUGGCUUCCUCUUGUAAGAACAUCCUACCUUGGGACCAGACACAAAUUGCAGAAUUUCAGUGCCUGUUUUUUUAUUUUAUUUUUUUGGCUUUGUGUAUGUAAAGCAACCCAUGUCAGUAACUGCAGAAGAUU